UGUCCACUGCCUGCAUUGCUGCCAGCCAUAGCUGUGUGCACCUCCAUUACCGUUCCGCUGCCCUGCUAUCCAUCCCAAUGGAUUUAACCCCAAUACUUAACAAGGCGCUAGCCUCUCACAAUUCUCGCAUCGUCGAACCUCAUGUCUUCCGCGUACAGGACCUCGACGAGUUCCUGAAGGAGGCCUACCAGAUCAGAGCGCGCAUCGUAGAGCUACACACCUACCUUCGAGGAAUCCGUCAGAGCUAUCUAUCCACUGCUCAUCCCCCACGCAGGAAGCAGGUCUCGCGAUCGCUCAAUGGUAGCGCCGCCGCAGGUGUUGACAAGGACACCAAAUACUUGACGGACGCCCAACGGCAACAGAUCGAUGCCGAUGCGAAGGAUCUCCUCCGGGACAUCAACUAUGCCGUGAAGAAUCUGUCGGAUGCAGAGCAGGUGCGACAGGAGACACAAAAGCGAAUUGCGAACAAAAAGCGAGCAGGGCCAGGUUUUAGUUUCGUCGGACGAUGGGCUGCAGGAGGCGCAGUGACUGCAAAGAGCCCAGAAGAACUACUCGAAGAGGCAAAGGCGAAGACAUUGCAGGUACACCGUGAGAGCAUAAUAUGGUAUCUACAACGGCAGAUGGAAGAAUGCGGUCGCUUUCAGAGCUCGAUGAUGGAGAUUAGGCUGAAGCGAGAGGUGGAGAAGAGCAAGAGUGUCUUAUACAAGGCGAGGGGAACAAUGCCAUCCUCAUCAAAUUUCCAGGACUUGGAUGGCGGAUCAGAGAAGGAUUAUCGUGGGACAACCACCUACCAGCAGGAUACAGAGUCGAAGGCUGUGGAGGCACAACUCGAUCCGGAACAACUGCAACUCUUUGCGCAAGAGAACCAGGACAUGCUUAAACACUAUGAGGAUUCCCUGGACCAAGUGCGCCAAACGGAAAAGUCGCUCGUCGAAAUCGCCGAAUUACAGACUACGCUCGCAAACAAUCUCAGCAUGCAAGCCGCACAUAUCGAGCAAUUGGUAGAGGACUCUUUCAACACCACCGAAAACGUAGGAACUGGUAACAAGGAGCUGAAGAAAGCGACCGAGAGGAAGAGCACCGCGCGGAUGGUCUUUUACGGGACUGUAGCAUUCUGCUCGACACUUGUGCUGUGGGACCUUUUCAUAUGACGGAUAGAUACGAAGCACAAUUAGAAAUACUUGCAGACGCUGCAUCGCAGGUGACAAGAAAUCGAGAAUGAGCUUGUGAUAGACGGUGUCAGCCGAUGAUCUUACCGGUGCACUCCGGGGAAACUUUCCACGAGCAUUUCGUGCAUGUGAAGCGAAAUUGGGCCGAAUUGCCCUAAACUUGCUGCUCGCUGACCCACCUUUGCCCUCGCCCACCUCUCCUUACGUCCCUCAUGUCCCUUGCUUAACCUAGGCAUUGGCGGUUUGAUUCAUGGAACACAUGUUAGAAUAGUACGGUAUGGACACAAUACAAUAGCAAC